AUGGUCACGACUCGUGCUCAGGCCAGAGCUGAAAGUGGAAAUGACGCGGACACAGAUUCACGGCCCAGGUAUUAUGAGAGUGAGGAGGACGCUGGGUUCGAGGCAGAGGAAGAAGAUGGCGACGAUGCUGAUGAAGAUGAGAUGAUGCUUGUCCAAAUGCCAGAUUUGGCAGAAGUCUCUGGUCAGAAUGCUACUUUACCAAACCCAUGGUUAUCUAUUGACACUCGCGACUUUCUUUCUUCCUCUUCCUCUCCUUCUCCCUCUCUUUUCACCCCUUCUUCUCUUUCGGACCAAUCAGUCGAGCAGCCGGACGACGCCCAUACAAGAGCAAUUCACGGAGCCAUCACACCGCCAUACCGGCCGUCUAAUCAGCCAACCUUCUUUGAAGAGCAACACGAGUUAGGACCGCCUUCCUACAGAGAACUUUUACAGCUCGAGUUCUACCAGACGUUCCCUCACGAUCCUGCGGCUACGCUGUGUAAGCAGCAUUUCUUGCAGCUUGCCGAACGGUGGUUUCAGCGUCGCCAGGGACAAACAGAGCAGACGUUUCAUAACAUUAAAGAGAAGUUUCCGUAUGGUGGAGUGGAAAAGUUCUUCGAUUAUAUGCGUGAUCGGGAUAUUUUGAAGCAGGUCAUAUGGGAUGAGAAGUGGCGACAGAUGCGACCUGAUGAUUUUAUGGACGAUUUGAGAAUCGGGUUGCGUUAUGCUGAAAUUGAACUUCUUCGGCGGCGUCGCACAGCUAUUGUUAGGACGGGGAAGCGUCCGAGAUGUAGUUUGGAGAGUUGCGGCAACCUUCAUAUAAAUCCUAGGCCAUAA